CUCAACUAUCAUCUUAUGCUGCUGAUUUGGUCUCUUGUCUCCCUGAGGUGCCAACAAUGGCUGUAGAGAAGGUCUUUGUGUACAACAACACAUCCAUUGUGCAGGAUGAAAUUCUGGCCCAUCGCUUGGGCCUCAUCCCUAUCCGAGCUGACCCUCGACUCUUUGAGUAUAGAAACCAAGGAGAUCAAGAAGGCACAGAAAUCGAUACUCUGCAGUUUCAACUGAAAAUAAAAUGCAGCCGAAACCCUCAGGCUGCCAAGGAAUCAUCUGAUCCUAAUGAACUAUAUUUCAAUCACAAAGUGUACAGUAAACAUAUGACAUGGGUGCCCUUGGGGAAUCAGACAGACCUUUUUCCAGAUGCUGACUUCCGACCUGUUCACGAUGAUAUCCUCAUUGCACUGUUGCGGCCUGGACAGGAAAUAGAUGUGCUUAUGCACUGUGUCAAGGGUAUAGGUAAAGAUCAUGCCAAGUUUUCUCCUGUGGCCACGGCUAGUUAUCGACUGCUUCCUGACAUUACUCUCCUGCAGCCUAUUGAGGAUGAGGCAGCUGAGACAUUGCAGAAGUGCUUUUCCCCUGGAGUCAUCGAGAUCCAGAAUAUCAAGGGAAAAAAGGUGGCAAGGGUAGCCAAUGCACGGUUGGACACGUUCAGCAGAGAAGUUUUCCGUCACGAGGGUCUGAAAAACCUCGUGCGCCUGGCAAGAGUACGGAACCAUUACAUCUUUUCAGUGGAGUCGACGGGUAUCUUGCCUCCAGAUGUGCUGGUGAGCGAAGCCAUCAAGAUCCUGAUGGGAAAGUGUCAGCGCUUCCUAAAUGAGCUGGACUCUGUGCCUAUGGAGUGACCAGACUGUAGCUGGGAAGCAUAUCCCUGCAUUGCUGUUCUGGACUUCCUGCAUCUGGCUGUAGGGGAGAUUUCUCUUCCAUACGCAAGAGCUUUGAGAUGGGCUUGCUAAGAGUCCUAGGACCAUCUCUUUGGAUUUGUCUUCUGUUUGGUAAUGAGCCUCAGUGAGGAGAUGAACUAAAAUAAAAGCCUUUUUUAC